UCUGUGUGUUUGGGAGCUAAAAUAUUAGUAAUAUUCCCGGUCAAUGCCAGGAGUCACACUAGUCUCGGAGACUCUAUCGUUCACACGCUGUUGGAAGCUGGUCAUGAGGUAACAUACGUGUCGACGUAUGCAUUGAACGUGACAGAUUCUCGGCUUCAAUUCGUUGACAUCAGUUCCGCCCGCGAGGACGAUUUAUAUAAAUCGCAUCUGAGUCCAGUAAAACUGAAGGAGAUUCCCCUACCUCUGCACUAUGCGUUAAAUAUUGGAUCCUCGUAUGCGCAGCAAGCAUUGCAGCAUCCAGCCCUGCAACAACUGCUGCAAGAUCCUUAUGAGCAUUUCGAUCUCGUUUUGGCUGAGUGGUUCUACAGUGGUCUGUUAGCUCCAUUAGCAGCGGUGUUUGACUGCCCUCUAGCGUGGUAUUACUCGGGUGAUAUCUUCUGGCAAGUGCUGCAGAUGGUCCACGAGCCCAGCAGCCCGGCUUACACCGCUGACUUGAGGUCCUUCAACAUACCUGUAGUACCUUUUACUCCGCGGGAGAGAGCGCACCAAUGGUGGCUGCAACUAUACUUAGCAGCUUGUAUUUAUUACUUUACACAUUAUGUGGAGAAGCCGGUGUAUGAUGAAGUGUAUGGAACAGCGAUGAACUUGCGCGGGCGCAUGCUACCAGAAUAUGAGUCGCUGGUAUACAACGGUUCAUUGCUACUGAUCAAUUCACACCCACCACUGGGACAGUCGAUGUCUCUACCACAAAACGUGAAAUAUGUGGGAGGACACCACAUUGAUGUUCCUAUGAAACCAUUACCCAAGGAUUUCGAACGAGUUCUGGACAAGGCAAGAAAUGGAGUCAUCUUCUUCAGUAUGGGCAGUAUUGUUAGAAGUACAGACUUCCCAGAGUCUGUAAAAGAACAGCUGGUGGAUGUGUUUCGAGGGUUGGACCAGACAGUAAUAUGGAAAUUCGAGGAAAGAAUGGACGAUAUACCACGAAACCUGCAUAUGCUGGAGUGGGCACCGCAGCUAAGCAUAUUAUGUCAUCCAAACACUGCGGUUAUGAUAACCCACGGCGGACUGCUGUCUUUGAUAGAGGCUGCUUACUGUGGAGUGCCAAUAAUUGCGAUCCCACUGUUCGGAGACCAGUUUUUCAACGUGGACCUAACGGUGGCGAGGGGCGGUGGUCUUCGGGUAGACUUCACUGAUGAUUUGCCUCUAAAGAUUUCUGAAGCGAUUCACGAGAUAACUACAAAUCUGAGCUACAGCCGCAACGCGAAAUUGGCAUCUACUAUAUUCAAGCGACGCACAACACCCGUCCAGACUGAUCUGCUCCACUGGCUGCUGUUAGUAAUGGACACUAGAGGAGCUCCUCAUUUACGCUCCCCCGUACAGCAUCUUCCCUUCACAGAGAAGUACUGCCUGGACCUAUGCGUCAUCGUAUUAUUAGUCCUUUGGUUCCUAUCCAAAGUGGUGAAACUGAUCAAGAUUCAUUUACGAAGUAUAGACUUUGAGGAUACGAGUAAAAAAGAUCAAUAA